AUGCAGGAUUUUGAUCCAAUUAGGCAUGUAUUAGAGCAUAUUCCACAUGAUGAAAGUGAGCUGACAUAUUUUGAGAAGCAGGCUGCUCUAAGGUUGGCACAACUGGAUGGAGUAGCAGAACGUUUAUCCCACCAUGUUAUCGAGCAUCAUGAAGCGAUGGUGAAGGGGAUGAAUUUAGUAAGGGAACUGGAGAAGGAUUUGAAGGUCGCAAAUGUCAUAUGCAUGAAUGGAAGAAGGCACUUAAGUUCGUCAAUGAAUGAGGUUUCAAGGGAUCUAAUUGUAAAUUCUAAUUCCAAAAAGAAACAAGCUCUUCUGGACAUGCUUCCAGUGCUAACUGAUCUUCUUCAUGCUCGGAACAUGCAAUUAGCCCUUGAAUCACUUGUUGAGGAAGGGAAUUAUUGCAAGGCAUUUCAAGUACUGUCUGAGUAUUUGCAAUUGCUAGAUAGUUUUUCGGAGCUCUCGGCAAUACAAGAGAUGAGCCGUGGUGUUGAGGUUUGGCUGGGAAGAACUCUUCAUAGGCUGGACUCGCUUUUGUUGGGAGUGUGCCAAGAGUUUAAAGAGGAGAGUUAUUUAAUGGUGCUGGACGCAUAUGCAUUAAUUGGAGACGUUGCUGGUCUUGCUGAAAAGAUACAGAGCUUUUUUAUGCAAGAAGUUAUCUCAGAAACCCAUUCUGUUUUGAAGGGCAUUUUACAAGAGGACAGGGACGCGCAAAUGCAAAAUAGUAGACUUACCUACAGUGAUCUAUGCCUUCAGAUAUCAGAAUCUAAGUUUAGGCAGUGUCUACUAAGAACACUAGCUGUCUUGUUUCAGUUGAUUUGUUCAUAUCAUGAAAUCAUGACAUUCCAGCUACAGAACGAGGUUUCCGAGUACCAGGAAUCUAAUAUGAAGCACAGAGAAGGCAAUAUCCCCAUAAAUUCAGGAGAGGUUCAGAAAAUUGAUUCAGUUGCAACAAGUUCUUCCCGCAACCAGGAAGUUUGCUGCUCGCUAUCAGAAAGUAGAAAUGAAAUGCCACCUUCAUCUGCAGAGGAAUCCACUGGUUCCAUGAGCAUAGAAUGUCAAGAUGCAGUCGAUGAGGUCAGGAAUGUUCGCAUGGCAGUCUCAAAUGAUGGGUCACCAUGGUAUCAGCUUCGGAAAGAAGCUGCAGCAUUCGUGUCACACACCCUUCAAAGGGGAAGGAAAAAUCUUUGGCAACUUACAACUAGCCGUUUGUCAGUUUUGCUUUCUUCUGCUGCUGCCUCAUCAACAAGCAUACAUCAAUUCUUGAAAAAUUAUGAAGACUUGAAUGUCUUCAUCCUAGCUGGGGAAGCUUUUUGUGGAGUUGAGGCUACUGAGUUUAGGCAGAAGUUGAAGGGUGUUUGUGAAAAUUAUUUUGUAGCAUUUCACCGACAAAACAUAUAUGCUCUUAAAAUGGUUUUGGAGAAGGAGACUUGGCUCAGAUUGCCACCAAAUACUGUACAAGUAAUUAACUUUGCUGGGCUUGUUGGUGAUGGAGCACCCUUAAUUGCUCUGUCUGAUGGUAGUGCCACUAGUUCUCGAAAUAAAAUGCUUUGCCCAAAUAAGAUAGCGGACUCAAUAGAUUCGGGUGUCAAGAAGAGUGGAUUUUCCCAUUGGGUAAAAAGUGGAAAUCCAUUUUCAACAAAAUUAAUACUUGGUUCCAGAGAAGGCCAAAGUUACUCCAGACAUAAUGGAACAAACUCUGGUGAUUAUGAUGGGAGUGUUGAUGGUAAUGUUGAUGGAGAGAAGGCCUCUCCAUGUAGAAGUGAUAUCAAGCAUGUGAAUGGCUCUAAUUCUUUUUCAGAAGACGAAAAUGAGGAUCUUCUUGCAGAUUUUAUUGAUGAGGACAGUCAACUCCCAAGUCGAAUUUCAAAACCCAAUAAUUCAAAAAGGCAUUCUUCGCAUUGGAAUGGUGAUGAUACUACAGCACAAACAGGAUCAUCGCUAUGUCUUCUAAGGUCUAUGGAUAAGUAUGCAAGGCUCAUGCAGAAAUUAGAAAUUGUAAAUGUUGAGUUCUUUAAGGGUAUAUGCCAGUUGUUUGAGGUUUUUUUCUAUUAUGUAUUUGAAGUAUUUGGUCAACAAAAUAGUAGUUCAAGUGGAAAAGGGCAUGGUGAUUCUCUCAGUUAUAGGUUGAAGGCAGCAUUAUCUAGAAUAUCUCAAGAUUGUGAACAGUGGAUAAAACCUCAGUCAGCAUCAUUUUCUGCCACUUUGCCACCAUCUGUAAAUGCAUCAUUCACGCAUGGGGAUGUGACACCCACGAAUCCUCCAAGUACAAGUUUUGGUAUUCAAUCAAGCACAGCUUUUGGUCUGAAGGAAAGAUGUGCCGGUGCUGACACUGUAUCUCUUGUUGCUCGGAUAUUGUAUAGAUCUAAAGCUCAUCUCCAAUUGAUGCUUCUGCAAAUCAAUGGCGCUGUAGUGGAAGAUUUUUAUGCGCAACUAGUGGAUGCUGUGACAGAUCUUGUAGAACACAUUCAUCGGACAACUGCAAGGGUAUUGCUUCAUAUUAAUGGAUAUGUUGAUCGAAUUGUGAAUGCAAAAUGGGAACUCAAGGAGCUAGGGAUGGAGCAUAAUGGGUACGUUGAUCUCAUGCUGGGUGAAUUUAAACACUAUAAGACUAGGCUUGCUCAUGGGGGGCUUGACAAGGAGGUUCAAGACCUCCUGUUGGAAUAUGGAGUUGAAAUUAUUGCUGAAACUCUUACUGAAGGUUUAUCACGUGUGAAAAGAUGUACUGAUGAGGGACGGGCUCUCAUGUCAUUAGAUCUUCAGGUUUUGAUCAAUGGCCUGCAACAUUUUGUUUCCAUAAAUGUGAAGCCAAAGUUACAAUUAGUUGAAACUUUCAUCAAGGCUUACUAUCUUCCAGAGACUGAAUAUGUCCACUGGGCACGUGCUCAUCCUGAGUAUAGCAAAAAUCAAAUUGUGGGGCUAAUCAACCUGGUUGCUACAAUGAAAGGUUGGAAGAGAAAAAACCGAUUAGAAGUAUUAGAAAAGCUGGAAUCAGCUGGCGGUUAAAUUUGGGAAACCAUGUAAAGUUUUAAGGUUCGCACUGUACUAAUUCUUUUUGUUGUAUAUUUUUUAGUGUUUAAUCAAUGGUCCUUGAUAAUAGAGUACACUUUUUCUGAGUUUGUAAAUCUUCAAAUCUCAGUUGUAAACACUUGGUCUUCCCCACCGGGGAAGACAUCAAAUGUAAUUUUGGAUACAUGCGUGAAAUAAUCAUAAGAGUUAUUUUCAUAAGACUAA